AUGUACACAAUCGAGUUCCAAAAACGUGGGCUGCCACAUGCUCAUAUUCUGCUCUUCAUGCAUCCAACAUGCAAGUUUCCCAUGACUGAUGAUAUUGACAAGAUCAUAAAGGCGGAAAUUCCUAAUAAGGACACUGAACCAGAGCUCUAUGGCGUGGUCUCUGAUAUGAUGAUUCACGGACCUUGUGGUCACGCUAAUAGGAAUGCACCAUGUAUGGAGAAUGGAAAAUGCUCUAAGUUGUAUCCCAAAUCCUAUGCCGAGAAGACCACGGUUUCUAAAGAAGGUUUUCCAAUUUAUAGAAGGAAAGAGCAGUCUGAUCAUUUUGUUAUGAAGAAUGGCGUGAAAUGUGAUAAUAGAUAUGUUAUCCCAUACAACAAGCAACUCUCUCUAUUAUACAGAGCUCAUAUUAAUGUGGAGUGGUGCAACCAAGCAGGUUCUAUCAAGUACUUAUUUAAGUACAUCAACAAGGGUAGUGAUCGUGUCACUGUUGUUGUGGAGCCACCAGGUUGUGUUGAAUCUAAUGGUGGUAGUAAUGGGGAAGCAAACGUUGAGAAGGAAAAAAAUGAAUUCCGAGAUUUUUUCGAUUGCAGAUACGUUUCUUCGUGUGAAGGUUCAUGGCGAACUUUUGCAUUCCCAAUACAUUAUCGAUCUACAUCCGUUGAGAAGCUUCAAUUCCAUCUUCCCGGAAAACAGACUGUUUUUUUCAAAGGCAAAGAUAAGAUGAAGGAUGUCAUGAAUCGUAAGCUUAUCACACAUACCAUGUUUUUGGCAUGGUUUGAGUUGUGUAAAGUUGAUGAAUUUGCAAGAACUCUUACUUAUGGUCAGAUUCCCAACUUCUAUACUUAUGAUAAAACACAUAAGAAGUUCAGCAAGCGGAAAAAGGGAUUCAGCAUAGGCAGAAUAAAUUAUGCUCCACGGACUCAAGAGAAAUCUUAUUAUCUGCGAGUGUUGCUGAACGUAGUUAGAGGGCCUACCAGUUAUGAUUGUAUGAAGACAUUUAACGAUGUUUUAUAUCCUAGCUAUAAAGAGGCAUGUUUUGCACGUGGGUUGCUAGAUGAUGAUGAAGAGUAUAUCCAGGAUAUAAGAAGGAGAAGUUUUGACGGUUUUGCAAGUUCUCUUAGACAUGUUUUCGUCAUGAUGCUGCUUUCUGGUAGUUUGUCCACUCCAGAGAAUGUUUGGGAAAAAACAUGGGAGCAUUUGGCUGAAGAUAUUGAGUAUAACAGGCGACAACUUCUCAAUAGGCCUGGUCUCAUAUUAAGUGAUGAUGACAAAAAACAGUUUGCUCUCCAAGAGAUUGAAAAGAUUAUGAGACGUAAUGGGAGUUCUCUUUCACAGUAUGAUUCUAUGCCUAAAGUUCGUAGUAGCAGUAUUCACGACUCCAAUGUCCUCAUAGUAGACGAACGUAACUACAAUCGUGAAGAACUGAUAGCUACUCUUCAUAGUGAUCUUCCAAAAAUGACUGACGAACAGAGGAAAGUUUACGAUGAGAUCACUGAUGCUGUCAAGGAAGAUAAAGGUGGAAUGUUCUUUGUUUAUGGAUUUGGUGGCACGGGUAAAACUUUUAUUUGGAGAUUACUAUCUGCAGCAAUCCGAUCAAGAGGUGAUAUUGUUCUUAACGUUGCAUCAAGUGGGAUUGCAUCUUUAUUGUUACCAGGUGGACGAACUGCCCAUUCAAGGUUUGGUAUACCUUUAAGUCCUGAUGAGUUUUCAACAUGUAAUAUGACUCAUGGAACAGAUCAAGCGAACUUAGUGAAAGAAGCUUCUCUCAUCAUAUGGGAUGAAGCUCCUAUGAUGAGCAAGCAUUGUUUUGAGUCUUUGGAUAGAAGUCUAACUGAUAUUGUUGGAACUAAAAGCAAGAAGCCUUUUGGAGGAAAGGUUGUGGUUUUUGGAGGUGACUUUAGACAGGUACUUCCAGUAAUAUAUGGUGGCAAUCGGGCUGAUAUAGUUUUGGCAGCUCUGAAUUCGUCGUAUCUUUGGGAGCAUUGCAAAGUUCUCAGAUUGACUAAGAACAUGCGAUUGCUGUCUGCUGGGCUAUCUCCUGAAGAGGCUACUGAUAUUAAGGAGUUUUCUGAAUGGAUAUUAGAUGUUGGAGAUGGUAAACUAUCUGAGCCUAAUGAUGGGGAGGCUUUAAUUGAUAUACCAGAAGAGUUUCUCAUAUUAGACGCUAAUGAGCCUAUAGAAGCAAUAAGCAAGGCAGUGUAUGGAGAGUUCUCUUUGUUACAAGAAAACAAAAACCCAAAGUUUUUCCAGGAGAGAGCUAUUCUAUGUCCAACAAACGAAGAUGUCAAUACUAUUAACGAAUACAUGUUGGAUAAACUUGAUGGUGAAGAAAAGAUUUAUCUGAGCUCCGAUAGUAUUGAUCCGUCUGAUGUAAGAUCAGUUAACGAUGAAGGAUUGGGUACGGAUUUUCUAAACAGCAUUAAGGUGUCUGGUUUGCCAAAUCAUAGUAUAAGACUGAAGAUUGGAUGUCCAGUGAUGGUACUGAGGAAUAUUGCUCCUACAGAAGGAUUAAUGAACGGAACAAGAUUAGUGAUUACUGAACUGAUGCCGUUUAUGGUCGGAGCGAAGAUUCUUACAGGGGAAAAAGUUGGUGAAACUGUGAACAUUCCUAGGUUAUUGAUAGAACCAUCAGACACCAAAUUGCCUUUCAAAAUGCGUAGAAGGCAGCUUCCUUUGGCUGUCGCUUUUGCGAUAACCAUCAACAAAAGCCAAGGUCAAUCACUGAAGGAAGUUGGUAUUUUUCUACCAAGACCAGUGUUUUCACAUGGACAGCUUUAUGUAGCUAUUUCUAGAGUGACAUCUAAGAAGGGACUAAAGAUUCUGAUUGUCGACAAAGAUGGAAAACCUCAGCGAAAAACAAUGAAUGUUGUUUUCAAACAGGUUUUCAACAAUCUCUGA